AUGGCGCCCGAAAUGGUCCAGAGGAGGAAGAAGGUAGCCAUGAUUGGCUCUGGUAUGAUUGGUGGAACUAUGGGGUACCUGUGCGCACUCAAGGAGUUGGCGGACGUCGUCCUGUACGAUGUUGUAAAAGGCAUGCCCGAGGGCAAGGCUCUUGACCUGAGCCACGUGACUUCCGUGGAAGACACCAACGUGUCCGUCCGCGCUGAGUACAACUACGAGGCAGCGCUCACGGGCGCCGACGUCGUCAUUGUGACUGCUGGCCUCACAAAGGUCCCGGGCAAGCCCGACUCUGAGUGGAGUCGCAACGACUUGUUACCCUUCAACUCUAAGAUCAUCCGUGAGAUCGGCCAAAACAUCAAGAAGUACUGCCCGAAGACGUUCAUCAUCGUCGUCACCAACCCGCUCGACUGCAUGGUUAAGGUCAUGUGGGAGGCGUCAGGCGUUCCCCAGAACAUGAUCUGCGGUAUGGCCUGCAUGCUCGACUCUGGCCGCUUCCGCCGCUACGUGGCGGACGCGCUCUCCGUCUCCCCCCGUGACGUACAGGCGACCGUCAUCGGUACCCAUGGUGACUGCAUGGUGCCCCUUGUCCGCUACAUCACGGUCAACGGCUACCCGAUCCAGAAGUUUAUCAAGGACGGUGUUGUGACUGAGAAACAGCUCGAAGAGAUCGCCGAACACACCAAGGUCUCCGGCGGAGAGAUCGUUCGCUUCCUGGGUCAGGGCUCCGCCUACUACGCCCCCGCCGCCUCCGCCGUCGCCAUGGCCACCUCCUUCUUGCGCGACGAGAAGCGCGUCAUCCCCUGCAGUGUGUACUGCUCAGGCGAGUACGGCCUGAAGGACAUGUUCAUUGGCCUCCCCGCCGUCAUUGGCGGCAGUGGCAUCGAGCGUGUCAUUGAGCUUGAGCUCAACGAGGAGGAGCAGAAGCAAUUCCAGAAGUCUGUUGAUGACGUCAUGGCUCUGAACAAGGCCGUCGCUGAACUCCAGGCGUAA